CGGGACCAGUGCUAAAAGACCACCAUUCAUGCGCAACGGGGAGCCGGCGAGGAAAGAGAAUGAGCGAGCGUGGCCGAGAUCACACACAACCUCCCGGCUUGCUGAGAUUCCCUUAGUGAAAAGACAUAGCUGUCAAUGCGGGUUGCCAAGGAAACAGCACGACCGUUAGGACCUCUCCUCUCUCGUCGUCUUUGUCAUCUUCUGCUUGAUUGGGCCGACGAGAUGCCAAGCCAGCUGGAAGGCGCCAUGGACGCACUCAUCGCCGUCUUCUACAACUACUCGAGCCACGACGGGGACAAGUACAAGCUGAACAAGGGCGAGCUCAAGCAGCUGCUGCACACCGAGCUCAAUGACUUCCUCACGUCACAGAAGGACCCACUGCUAGUGGAGAAGAUCAUGAAUGACUUGGACUCCAACAAAGACAACGAGGUGGACUUCAACGAGUUUGUGGUACUGGUGGCAGCGCUCACCGUCGCCUGCAACGACUUCUUCCAGGAACAGAAGAAAAAGAUGACCAAGUAGAUGUUCCCUUUUUUAACCACACUGUUGAGAACCACAAUCGAUGUUGUACUGUUGUCACGAAAGGUGAUGAUUGCACAGUUGAAUAAAUGAGAAUGCUGAUUAAACUAUUUUAUAUUUACAGUA